UACACUAAAUAAAACAAAAAUAUUAUUGAAGUGAAAAUUGUGGACAACGGUUGUGUCGCGUCGUGACUCGUAAAAUCGACAUUUUGUUGAGCAGAUUGCCAAAAAGCUAAGCAAUUUAGCUGUUGCAAAUUAUACACUGGAUAAACUCGGCUAUAAUCUCCGUUAGAACUAGCAUUAAAAACAUUGAUAACUGUGGCGUGUCGUUCGCAAAGUUUGCUGUGCAUAAGCUAAAAGAAGAUAAUAACAACAUUUGUCGGCGUUUUUGGCGUCUUAUUUUCUUAGCAAACGCCCAGCCAUGUCCGACACGAGCAAGUCAAAUAACAAUGCAGCCAGCUCGUCGAGCGUAGAUGGGGAUGCCGGCGAUGUCACACCGACGACGACAAUACCACGCAGCAAUCACAAUAACAACAACAGCAGCAAAUUGAAAUCAACGCAGAAUAGCAGCGGCGGCGGCAGCAUAGACAAACUGUCACCGGAUCAGGAUAUUUACAUAAACGCCGCCGACGGUCUACCCAGUCAGCAUCCGACACUGCCCCCUGAAGCAGAUGUGGAUACCGAUACUGAGCCGGAGGUGGAUGCUGACUCCUUUGAUGAUCUGCCCACAUCGAUCAUAGUGACCAACAUACACUCGGAGGUGUUUGCAAAUCCCGAGCUAAAACAGGCCAUGGAAGAGCUGUUCCGUACCUUCAGCGAGUCCGCCACUUUCCAAUGGCUGCGCAGCUUUCGCCGGCUGCGGGUGAACUAUGACAAUGCCGUUGCGGCAGCUAAUGCACGCAUUAAACUACAUCAAUACGAGUUUAACAAAAAGACGGUGAUCACCUGCUACUUUGCGCAGCCGGUGACACCCGUUAACAACAAGAAUCUACAACCACCGGCGCCGGUCAAACAGUUCCUUAUCUCUCCGCCCGCCUCGCCGCCAGCCGGAUGGGAGCCACGCGAGGAAGGAGAGCCGUUGGUCAAUCACGACCUGCUCGCUGCAUUGGCCAGCUUGACACCCGGCGAAUCGCACGAGCUACAUCCACAGAGUGAGGAUCAGCCAGCAAUUAUUGUGCACACCGCCGUGCAACCAGACACCGGGGGCGUCGGCACUGCACUUCAGGCCAAAGCACCUAUUGUACAAACCAAAUGUCCGGAGCGCGCAUAAGCGCCAAGCUAAGAGCUUAAAACGGAAUGCUUGGCGGCAUAUGCAAGAGCCAGCGCCAGUGCCAGCAUACCACGGCCAAAACUGAGCAUCGCUACAGGAGGACUAAGAACUAUGGAAUUUCAGAUGAAUGAACAUUUGGUCAUCGUGGAUGGGCAGCGAUGGGGGCAACCUGGCGGUUGAGAGUAUUUUUUGUAAAUAAUUUCUAUAAAAAAAUUCGAUUGUGAUUAAUUUACACGUAGCUAUGUUUUAUAUUAAGUAAUUGUACUCUCACGUUUGGAGCGUUUCAAGUUUCGGUUUCCCGUUCCCGUUUGAUUUGCCUCGUGCGUUGCCGUCGAGCAUUUACCAAAUAUUAGCUUAUCUUAAGGUACGCCAAGUGGAGCUGUUAAUUCCAAUUGAUUCUAGAUGUGUUUGUUGUUUGCAUACGAAGUCGCGUUGUCUCUCUCUUGGUGUCUGUUUCUAAUUGUAUCGAUGUGGCAAUCCACACAAUAUCUAAAUGUACCUUCAUGCUAAAACACAAAUAUAUAUACAAAUAAAAAAGAACUCUAUAUGUUUGCAAGUAGCUGCAAAAACGAACUUUGCACUCAAGAUAACGAAGCAGUCGCAGACAGAAAUUCAGUUAUGAAUAUAUGUAUAUGUUCAGUUAUAUAUCUGUGUAUAUGUAAAUGUUAAUCUAAUUGUAAGCCAGAGAGAACUCAGAUAGCUAUAUCUGAAAUUGAAAUACGUAUAGAUGUAUACAUAUUAGCUACAAAAACGAGUAAAUGAAAUACGAAAUUAUAUU